UUGUCCAUACGAUGGGAAAUUUUUCCUAGGAAGUCACCUACGAAUAGGAAUACAAGUGGGUCAUCCGAAGAAAGCGUUCCACAGAAAGAUCCCGACGAAGAAGAACAUCUUUCACAAUGGAGGAUUACUGUUAACCCAUCAGCUAAUUUUCUUUCUCAAAGUGACGAACUUAGGAGUCUUAUAAAUAGGCUUUCUCGAAGUCAAAAAUUGGUUUCACCAUCAGAAGCUCGGUAUUUAUGUGCUGGUUUGCAGUUUCUUGACACAACUUCCGACUUACUUUUGCCUCUUUUUACGGUGAUUUCAAAUUCAACAGCUUUUCCAGCUAAUCAAAGAAUAUUUUUGCAAUGUGGCAUCACUGAAAGAAUCGUUUCGAUGUUGAAAAACUCGCAUGCAGUAAUGCUGCUACAGUGUGUAGCAAAUAUGGCUGUUCAUAAUGAAAAUGACAGUAUCUUAAAACCAGCUAUACCAUUUAUUAUAAAAAGACUCGAUUCAGAAGUUGAUCUUGAAGGCACAGUGGCUUUUCAAGCUUUAACAAAUCUUUCAUUGAAUAUUGCUCCAUCACAGAUUGAAAUCUUCCGACCAACGAUUCAAAUUUGCUUAAAAAAGUUAUGGAUAAAAGGAGAAGUAAAUUUGAGUGCUCUUAGAUUGUUGGUAAAUUUAUCGUGCUGCCCUAAUAUGGUGCCAUAUGUACUUGCUGCUAAAGUAAGUUGUUUUAUCGUUUUACGAGGAGUAACAUGGCUAUUAUGUUUGUCAUCAGCUGUAGAUGCCUUGUCGAUAACCUAUGACCUAAUAGCACCAUUGAAUCAAGAUCCUUUCGCCAAUCCUAACUAUACUAUCUAUUUCACUAUAUAUGCUUUAAAGGGUCGAAAAGAAUUAGAAAAGAGGCUUCUCGAGUUAUCACGAAGAAAGGACGAAGCAGCCACAAAAUCUAACUGUCUAUUAGAAAUUCUUGCCCGAAUACCUGUGGCUUUUUCAUCUAAUUCGAAUUUAAACCAUUUAUAA